AUGAUUGAAUUAUUUCACAUCAACCACCGCCUUGAGUAUGUCACAAAUCAGAUUGCUGAAGACUGUCCGUACUUCUUCGCCAAGAGAGAGCAUUAUGAAAAGAUUAAUAAAUAUGUUGGCAAAAGAGGGCUUGUCGCUGAAGAAGACAACAUCAACCUGGAGCUGCAACUGGCAAAAUACUCCCUGGAAUUCAUGAAACAAGCUCUUUUGGACUGCAGACGAGUGAACUGUUCUUCGGAAAGCAACAUACGCAUAGAAAAAUAUUCAAUCUUAUUCCAAUAUACCACGGCCAGAUCUUCUUACUCCGCUUGGAUGAAGGAUUCUCAACCAUUAACUCCUAACGAAGCAAGUAAAGUUUAUUAUUUUCAUGGGUAUUCCAACAACAAAGUUGUUGUGUUCGACACUUUCACAGCUAUGAAGCAAGGCACUCAAUCCGCGUCAUUUACACUUCCCUAUUCCUUUGCCGGCACGGGCCAUGUCGUGUAUUGGGGCAAUGUGUACUAUCGUCGACUAAAUACGCAGAAUAUCAUAAAGUAUGAUCCCCUGAAAAUGAAGACCAUAGUGAAACAGGUGAACGAUGUGGAUGCGGGAAACACUUGCCGCUAUGCCUGGGGCGGUUACACCACCACUGACUUUGCCGUGGACGAGUACGGACUGUGGUUAGUUUACGGGAACAGGAGUAACAUCUGUUACCUGGUCAUCGCCAAGAUCAACCCGGACACUCUCGACGUGGAGAAAUCGUGGGAGACGACCAUUGAUAUCAGGGGCGUUGGAAACACGUUCAUGAAAUGUGGCGUGCUUUACGCCACGAAUUCCUACAACGCUCAGUCCAAUUACAUCCGCUAUACCUAUGACACCAACACUGGGAAACAAGAGUCGCUUUCCUCGUCUAAGAUCCCGUUUAGGCAACCUGGGACAAGCAAUGCCAUGCUAGAUUACAACCCCCAUGAUGGCCUUCUGUAUUAUUCUGACAGAACUUACGGAUAUCUUGCAACGUUUCCAAUUGUCUAA